AUGUCCAAGACCAAUACUAUUCAUUCAUCCAUUUUCAUCCGACCUUCUCCCGAUCUCAAUCCACCCAACGCCCCAUCCCAUCUCACUUACACCCUCAUAACAUCCCUGGCAUACCUCGUGUACCUCAUCAUAAUACCGAUAUACGUACCAUACCUUACCAUAAUACAUUUUCUAACUCCUAGACCAUUUCCCAGCUGGACCUUAGAUCGGCGGAUUUCAACUCGAUUAAAUAAGUUAAGGGUCACCUUGACAGGUUGGUGGAUACCGCCCUUACCGGCUGAUUGGGACGAUUGGGAGAUUACACCUCCUGGUGAACCGUACAUCGAAGCUCAGAAAAAGGGUGAGAUCGAAUUGAAAGAAAUUAGGUUGGAUCCUGUAGGGAAAGAUUACAUCAAGGGAAUAGCGGAAGUAGAACAGGUAAAAGGAGAAAUUAGACCUGGGUUUUGGAUUGAUCCGUUACUUCCAUUAAGCAAGGGUGGAGUUGGACAGGACAAGGUGAUUCUGCAUAUACAUGGAGGAGGAUACAUAAGAGGACAUCCGUUGUGGACCCCAUUCCCAAUGGGAAUAUCCAAAUCGACUGGUGUAAAAUGCCUCAGCGUAAAUUAUCGGAAAGCCCUUUCUCCCUCUUCAUCAUUCCCCGCCCCUCUCUUAGACGUCCUCUCGGCCUACAUCUACUUGACUCGAAAAAUCGAUAUCGCUCCUCGUAAUAUAAUUCUAUUGGGCGAAUCAGCAGGCGCGCAUCUAGCUUUGAUGUUAACUCAAUACCUUCGAGAUUUAAGUUUGCCCCAAAUCGGAUACUUGAUCCUUUCUUCCCCGUGGUCAGAUUUCACUUUAUCAUAUCCUUCUUACAAAUAUAAUUCGGGGUAUUGUCAAUUGUCGCCUAUACGCUUAGGCCAGGCCGUAAAAAGCGCUGCACGUUAUUACUAUCAGGAGUUCUUACAGAGUGGAUAUGCCAGUCCUGCGAAGAUGAUGGCUGGCGGGUGGAAAUAUUUGAAAGAAGAGGGAACAGAGGUGUACGUUCAUUAUGGAGGAAGGGAGUUAUUCAAGGAUGAGAUUGAAGAAUUGGGAAGGGGAAUGAACAGAGAUGGAGUGGAUGUGAGGAUGAGAUUGGAUCCCGAUGGGUUACAUACGAGUGGGAUGAACGGGGAAGCGGGGGAGGUGUUCAAGAAGGAUGUGCUAGAGAUACUUGAUAUCCAGAAUGACUAA